AUGGGAUGGACCUGUAUUGGGCCAUUGACAAAGGAAACCACCAAGUGUCAGUCGAACCACGUUCACCUGUAUCAUGGGACCACCGACCACGCCAAAGGACUCCAGAUAGACCUGGAGAUGGAGAGGUUAUGGAAUGCCGAUGUCGAUACACCCAAGGAUCAAUAUUUCUAUACGCCAGAGGAACGGAUUGCACUGAGUAAAGCCAAACGGACGAUCCGUUAUGUUGAUGGGAGAUACGAGAUCGGGAUUCCAUGGAAAGAAGAUCGUCCCAACUUACCCAACAAUCGCUCUGUAGCUGAGAGACGAUUUUUUAAUCUUGAACGAAGCCUUUGUAAAACUCCAGACAUCGCCAAACGGUAUGAUGAGGUAAUGGAGGCCAACAUCGAGAAAGGAUACCUCGUGCCUGCGACACGACCACCCCCUGCGGAGCCAUGUUGGUAUUUGCCCCAUUUCCCAGUGAUAAGAGAGCAGAAGGCGACGACCAAGGUUAGGAUUGUGCUGGAUUCCGCUGCGAAAUUUAAAGAUGUGUCCUUAAACGAUGCCAUGUUGCCCGGACCGAAGUUGCAGCGAGAUUUGACAGACAUUUUGCUGACUUUUCGUGUAGGCCCUGUCGCUUUAGUUGGUGAUAUCAAGGAAAUGUUCCCACAAGUGAGGUUGUUACCAGAGGACCAGACGUAUCAUCGCGUUUUGUGGCGGAAACUCGGAAGUGACAACCCGCUGUUAGAGUAUAAGGCAGCUCGUCUUACCUUCGGGGACCGAGCCUCGCCUUUCCUAGCGCAGUAUGUUCUGAAGACCCAUGCCGAAAGGAUGAUAGAUGUGUACCCAGCUGCGGCCCGAGCGUGCAUCGAAGAUACCUACAUGGAUGAUGAGAUGACAAAUACCCAGAAUGUGGAAGAAGGGAUCGGUGUCCGAAAAGACUCGACUGCCAUGUUGCAUGAUGGUGGAUUUCAGAUACGCCAGUGGUGUAGUAACAAGAUCGAAGUCCUAGAAGGUGUGCCUGAGGAGGAUCGUGUCGCUGGAAUCGACUUUGAAACAGAGGAGCUACCAUGUAUCAAGACAUUAGGAGUCAAUUGGGAUGCGAAGAAUGACACCCUUGGAUAUACUCACACUCCAGUCGAGGAAGUCCCUAUCACCAAGAGGACGUUGCUGAGUAAGGUUGCCAAAUUGUUCGACCCGCUCCAACUAUUGGCACCUUUUGUCAUCCGAGCCAAGAUGUUGCAACAGGAGGCCUGGAUGUUGGACCUUGGAUGGGACGACCCAUUUCCUCCCUCACUAGCUGAUAAGGUGCAAUCUUGGAUUGACGAGCUGUUGGAAGUUACUGAGUUUAAGGUGCCCCGUUGGUACUAUCAACCGGAUUCCACGGGCUGGGCACUACAUGUGUUUGUAGAUGCAUCAAGCAAGGCGUAUGCGGCCGUAAUCUUUGCACGGAGUACAUACUCUGAUAGUGGAGUGUUGGUUCGUUUGGUUAUAGCCAAGGCAAAAGUGGCGCCUGUGAAGGCAGUUUCGAUUCCUCGGCUCGAAUUAAUGGCAGCGCUGCUCGGGAUGAAGUUGGGCUUACGAGUAGCCAAAGCUUUACAUUGUGAGAAGUCGGAGAUAGUAUUUUGGACUGAUAGUAUGGACACCUUGUACUGGCUUCGAGGUCAAUCCCGUCGUUAUAAACCAUUUGUAGCCCACCGUGUGGCGAGCAUUCAUCUAGAGACCACAAUAUGCCAGUGGAGACAUGUUCCUGGGGAGGUAAACCCGGCCGACUUAGCGACCCGUGGACGUACCAUUAAAGAACUCACUGCACCCAACUGCUGGACUGAUGGACCGCAGUUUCUUUACGGGGGGAGAGAGACGUGGCCGGUAGGAAGGAUGGAGGAAUCCAAUUCCCAAGAAGCCCUAAAGGAGACUCGUAAAUCCGCCGCGGACGUCGCCUCUACCCAAGUCAAGGAUGAACCAGCUGCCAGGGAACCGGUCUUUGGGAUGUACAGACACUCAUCUUGGACUAAAACCAUGAGGAUUACUGCUUGGCUACUAAGAUGGAGGCGAACCCUUGAGAAGCUGGAUGAGCCGACGCCUUCAACGCUACUCCCGGAUGAAAUCAAGAAGGCAGAGGUCUAUUGGGUUAGAGUGAUGCAGACCGCCCCACCUCUGGAGUCAGCGGCCAGGCAGUUACGAACAGGUCAGCCUGUGCGAGGAAUGAGUGCGUUAUCCCCAUUUCUAGAUGACCAGGGACUGUUGAGAGUGGGGGGACGUUUGGGUCGCUCCAACCUGCCCUAUGAUGCCAAGCACCCACUAAUCCUACCGAGUCAGCAUCCUUUGACCGAAACACUUAUCCAACACUACCACAUGAGAUGCUAUCAUACAAAAGGGGUUAACGCCCAGCUCGCGGAGAUACGUGAACGAUUUUGA